AUGUCUACAGCGACUGAUAAUCUAUAUAAGAAUAGCUCUAAUUAUAAAAGCUUUGAUAAUAUUAAGUAUUUAGUUGAAAGCUUAGUAGUAGGAGAUCUACAGCAAAACAAUCAGGAUGAAGUUAGUCGGUAUCUUAACGCAGAAUAUCCUUUACUUAUAUAUCUUGUAAAGGACUUUCUUGCUGCCCCUGUAACUGGUAUAGGUGUUGAGCGUCUAUUCAACUUAGCUCGUAAUAUUUGCUAUUAUCAACGUAGCUCACUAAAUCCUACAAUAAUUCAGGAUUUUAUAAUGCUAAAUUACACCUCUGAUUUUAAGAAUAAAACUGCAGAUUUAAUAAUUCAAGAAGUAUAUCUCUUACAACAAGAUAUAGAAGCAGAGCGAGAGGAAAGAAGAGUAUCAGGAGAGAAAGAUAAGCUAGAGCCUAUUAGUAAUAAUAAGGAGGAGGAUAUAGCUUAG